UUCCAAACAACCUCUCCCCUAAAAUGAACACAAUGUUUUUCACUUUGAGAUCUCCCAAAAACUCCAUCAAAACUUCAUCUCCUACAAGCUCCCUUUCCAUAUCCAAACAAUUCAGCUUCUGCUCCUCCUGGAAACCAUGUCUUCACCAUUCCUUCAAGCCAUUCACAUUGCCUUUCUGGUCAUUGUCUCCGUCUCCAUCCCUGCAUCCCAUGCAGCACAUAACAAAUCCCCCAAUCUCAAUACAACAGUGUUAGAUUCUCCUCUCUUGACGAAAAAGAUUGGUGCCAACCACACGAUCAAGGUCGAUAUCAAUGGCAGAGGAGACUUCACUUCUGUUCAAGCUGCCAUUGACUCUGUUCCUGAAGGGAAUGGCAAGUGGACUAUCAUCCAUAUCAGAAAAGGGGUGUACAAAGAGAAGGUUCACAUACCAGAGAACAAGCCUUAUAUCUUCCUGAGAGGAAAUGGGAGAGGCAGGACUUCCAUCGUUUGGUCCCAAAGCUCCAAGGACAACAUAGAGUCUGCAACUUUCAAAGUUAAAGCCCCCCAUGUUGUUAUCUUUGGUAUCAGCUUCAAGAAUGAUGCUCCGACCGGGGUCGCCCAGACCUCACAGAACCAGUCAGUGGCAGCAUAUGUGGGGGCGGAGAUGGUAGCAUUCUACCACUGCUCCUUCUACAGUACCCACAACACUCUCUUUGAUUACAAAGGCAGGCACUUCUACCACAACUGCUACAUCCAGGGCUCAGUUGAUUUCAUCUUUGGCCGCGGAAGAUCCAUCUUCCAUAACUGUGAGAUAUUCGUGAUUGCAGACCAAAGGGUGAAGAUCUCAGGAUCCAUCACAGCUCAGAACAGGCAAAGUGGAGAAGAUAACAGUGGGUUUGUGUUUGUGAAAGGGAAAGUGUAUGGCAUUGGAGGAGUAUACUUGGGUAGAGCCAAAGGCUCCCAUUCUAGAGCGGUUUUUGCGAAGGUUUAUAUGUCUAGGACAAUAGUCCCGCAGGGCUGGACCAAAUGGAGCUAUACUGGCAGCACCGAGAACCUAUUCCAAGCGGAGUACAAAUGCUAUGGACCAGGAGCAGAAACAGAGAACCGGGCUUCAUGGUCUUUACAGCUCACUGAUGAAGAAGCUGCUCCUUACCUCUCCGUGGACUUCGUGGAUGGCCAGAAAUGGCUACCGGCAUGGCUAUGAAGCAGAUGAUCGAUUAAUUAGCCAGGAAUGUAUUAUCGGAAAUGAUUGUUAAUUUUAUACCAAC